AUGAUGACUUUGGAAUCAUUUUAUCGAAAUCCAAUUCAACAUGAAUAUUUAAAUGGAAAUCCAUUUAAUAUAACACCAUGGGUACGAGAUCCAGUUGGUAUAUAUCAUCCAUUUGUGUUUGAUUUUGAAAAAAAAUUUUUUGAUAAAACUCAUGCCCAUAAUAUUCAUGUUUGGAUGAAUAAAUGGUGGUGGUUAAGUAUUGUUUAUUCGGUUAUAUAUAUUGGAUUAAUUUAUUAUGGUCGUUCGUUAAUGGAAAAACGUGAACGUUAUGAAUUAAGAUUACCAUUAAUAUUAUGGAAUGUUUCAUUGGCUUUAUUUAGUAUAUUUGGUAUGAUACGUUGUGUACCUGAAAUGAUUUAUGCUUUAAAUAAAAAAAGGACAACAAUAUUUUGCAUAUCAAAAGUUCCUGAACUUAUUGAUACAUUAUUUAUUGUAUUACGUAAACAAAAAUUAUUUUUUCUUCAUUGA